AUGAGAAAUAAAACUAGAGAAAGAGAGAAGAGAGAUCUAAACCAAAAUACAUACAUUAUGUCAUAUAUUAAAUUAGAAGUUAUAAAUGACACUUCCACAUCAUCGUCACCUGAUCACCGAUUAACGAUAAACGGAGCAGAUGACGACCUUCAUGGUGGUGGUAAAGGAGGUGUCAAAAAGGCAGUCUUUAGUAUACAAGGUAUGACUUGUUCGAGUUGUGUCGGUAUCAUUGAAAACUUUGUUGGCAGUAGUGAAGGUAUCGAAUCUAUUCAAGUUGCUCUACUACAAGAAACCGCUGAAGUUAAAUAUGAUACUUCAAAAUUAAAUGAAAAUGAUAUUAUAGAAUUGAUAACAACAGUUGGAUUUACAGCACAACAUAUUAAACAAGCUGAACAUAAUACUUUAAUGUUGGAUAUUGGAGGUAUGACAUGUUCGAGUUGUGUCGGUAUCAUUGAAAGUGUAAUAGGUGGUUUAAAAGGUAUAGAAGACAUUAAAGUGAAUCUAGCACUUGAAUCUGCCAGAGUUGUUUAUGACCCUGAUAUUACAGGUCCAAGAGAUAUUAUUAAAGAAAUUGAAGAUGUUGGAUUUACAGCCCAUUUACCAACAGAUAAAUUCGGUCAAGAUAAUGGUAAAAAUGUACAGAAAGAAGAGAUUGAAAGAUUGAAAAAGAGUUUAUAUUAUAGUAUUGGGUUUACAAUCCCAGUUUUUUUAUUAGGAAUGGUUUUAUAUAAAGUUAAAUUUUGUCAUUUUUUAUUUACAUCACAAGUUGUAAAUGGUAUAAGUAUAGCCGAUUUUAUAAUGUUUUUGUUUACGACACCGGUUCAAUUUGGAGUUGGUAGACGUUUCUAUGUGAAUGGAUGGAAGUCGAUUAAACAUGGUGGCGCAAACAUGGAUGUGUUGGUGGCGUUGGGCACAAGCUGCGCCUAUUUUUACAGUGUUUUUGUGUUGUUGGUCGACAUGACGGCCGACAGUGUGCUGGGUCAGGAGGACAAGCCAAUGCAAAUGAAGACAUUUUUCGACACGAGUGCGUCACUCAUUACAUUUAUUCUUUUGGGCAAAUACUUGGAGGUCAUUGCCAAGGGCAAGACAAGCGAGGCGAUCAAGAAGCUCAUGUCGCUGCAGGCGACCAAGGCAGUGUUGUUGGAGCUGGACAGCGAGGGUAAUGUCGUCGCCGAGAAUGAGAUUGACAUUUCGCUGGUGCAGCGUGGCGACACGCUCAAGGUGGUGCCGGGCAGCAAGGUGCCAACGGAUGGUGUGGUCGUCAGCGGCAACAGCUCGAUUGACGAAGCUAUCAUUACGGGCGAGUCCAUGCCAGUCACCAAGAAAAAGGGUGAUAAGGUGAUUGGCGGCACCAUCAACCAAAAGGGUGUAUUGCAUAUUUGCGCGACACGUGUCGGUGGUGAUACAUCGCUCGCACAGAUUAUCCGAUUGGUUGAGCGUGCACAGACCGAGCGUGCACCCAUCCAGUCGCUGGCUGAUAGAGUCAGCGGUAUCUUUGUGCCGUGUGUCAUUACAAUUGGUUUGCUCACAUUUUUCGUGUGGCUGAUUGCCGGUGCAACUGGCGCAGCCGAGGCAUACAUCAAGGCGGCCGAUUCAACGACGUUUCAGUUUGCUCUGAGAAACGCCAUCUCGGUCAUUGUCAUUGCGUGUCCCUGUGCAUUGGGUCUGGCCACACCCACGGCCGUCAUGGUUGGCACGGGUAUUGGCGCACAGAAUGGUAUCCUCAUCAAGGGUGGCAGUCACUUGGAGACUGCCCACAAAAUAUCCGCAGUCAUUUUCGACAAGACUGGUACACUUACAACAGGCAAACCAAUCGUCAGCGAAGCACAUAUGAUACCCAACCAACACACUCACAAAAAAUUUGACAAAAAGACAUACUUUGAAUUGGUCGCAUCGGCUGAAGCUGCAUCAGAGCAUCCUCUGGCUGGUGCCAUUGUCAAUUAUGCUUUUCAUGUAUGUGAGGUUACCCAGACAACGGUGCCAGAGGACUUUGAGAGUGUGACGGGCUCGGGUAUCCGCGCAACCAUCCAAGGUGUAUCAGUCAUGAUUGGCAGUCCCAAAUGGCUUGCCGAAAAUGACAUUACCAUCUCCAAGAGUGUCAUCGAUAGUGCUGCUGCCAAAGAUGUAGAAGAAACCAUCAGACGACUAGAAAGUGAAGGUAAUACAGUCGUCCUCGUAUCACUCAACCAAUACAUCUCUGGUUACAUUGCCAUUUCCGAUCAACUCAAACCAGAGGCACGUCCAACCAUCUCUGCACUCAAAAAGAUGGGUAUCUUUCCCUGGAUGGUCACGGGUGACAACCAACGCACUGCCAAUGCCAUUGCCGCCCAAGUCGGUAUCUCACAGGUAUUUGCAGAGGUACUCCCCUCCAACAAAUCGAAAAAGGUCAUUGAACUUAAAAAGCAGGGUCAUAUUGUAGCCAUGGUUGGCGACGGUAUCAACGAUUCGCCUGCUCUUGCCGAGGCAGACGUGGGUAUUGCUAUUGGCGCAGGCACUGAUAUUGCCAUCGAAGCAGCCGAUAUUGUCCUCGUCAAGAGCGACUUGCGUGAUGUCAUCACUGCCAUCUCGCUCUCUAAAACCACUUUUAACCGUAUCCGACUAAACUAUCUAUGGGCUACCCUCUACAAUGUCAUGGGUAUUCCUUUGGCCGCCGGUGUACUCAUCCCCGCCGGCAUUUCUAUUCCUCCCAUGAUUGCCGGUCUCGCCAUGGCAUUUUCCAGCGUCAGCGUCGUCUUGUCAUCGCUCCAUCUAAAAACCUACAAAAAGCCACACAUUGCCACGAGCAACACUAGCAUGGUCGCCAAUAACCGCGGCGGCGACGACAUUACACACGAAUCAUUUAGAAAGAGUAAAAUCAGUUUUGAUCCACCUGCUCCAGUCAAUAAUAUCAUUAAAGUUAUUAAAGGUUCACAAGUGGAACAUCAAUCUUUAUUAUCAAAAGAUCUUGAUCCAUAA